GAUGAAGCAAUAAAUCGUGGGGAUGUCGUACAUGAAGCUUUCGAGAGACCAAAGAUAGCAAACAUUUCAAGGCUCGUUUUUCACAAGAGAUCGAGUAACGACCUUCCAAGUGUCAGAGUACCGAGCUUAGCCAUUGCCAUGUGUGCCGAUGUAGUGGAAAAUGGUGAUGAUGACUUCAAGAUUGACCGAAUUGCUAUCAUCGGAGCAGGAGCGGCAGGACUGGCUGCAGCUACUUAUAUUUCAGGUGAACAACAAUUUUCGCAUAUCGAAGUCUUUGAGCAACGAAGUUCCGCUGGAGGAACAUGGAAUUAUUCGUCUGCAAAAAGGGUACCCGGCUUAGCCGUUCCCAAAACCACACCAGACCACAAUAAUGAGACUCCAUCUCAACCCACAUCAGUUGAUGACGAUGGUUUCGUGUCACCGCUUUAUCGUGAUUUGGAUACCAAUAUUCCUCAUAACCUUAUGAAUUUCUCCAAUAAACCCUUUCCAGAAGGUUCAUCACUGUUUCCUUCCCGUGAUGUUGUCACGGAGUAUCUUCAUCAGUACGCCGAGUCUCUGAAACAUAUGAUUCAUUACAACACUCAGGUUCGGAAGAUCACGAAGAUAAAUAUGGGUGAAAAGGAAUUUUGGAACUUGGAUACGGAAAAUUUGAAGUCACACGAGACAGGAACGUCCUUUUUUGACGCUGUGGUCAUUGCGAAUGGGCAUUAUAGUGAUGUCCACAUCCCAGAUAUUACUGGCAUCAAGGAGUUUCAUCAACGUUAUCCAGAGAUCAUAUCACACUCAAAGUAUUAUGAAAAACCAGAGAACUUUGAAGACAAAAAAGUCAUCGUGGUUGGAUUUUCGGCAUCGGGGCUCGACAUCAGCAUGCAAAUCGCUCAAUCAUGUCGACAUCCCGUUCUUGUCUCGGAAAAGACACCGUCUUUGCUAGAUCCCAGUGAGACAGGGCCAAAUCUGAGGAUGAUGCCUACAAUCGAAGAGUUUCUCGUAGACAAACGUGCUGUUCGGUUCAGUAAUGGACAUGUGGAGACUGAUGUGGAUUCCGUCAUCUUCUGCACUGGUUAUCUUUAUUCCUUCCCAUUUCUGGAGUCGUUACGACAGUCCUUGACUCCAGACGGAUCCUACGUGCGGCAUUUAUAUCAGCACCUCUUCUUUAUCGAUGAUCCGACACUUGCCUUCGUUGCCCUACCCAAAAGAAUAGUUCCGUUUCCUGUUUCGGAAUCACAGAGCGCUUAUAUAGCUCGUGUAUGGGCUAAUAGAGCAAAGCUGCCAGCAAACCCUGUAAUGCGUGAAUGGGAAGCAAGUCUGGUUGCAAGCUGUCCGGAGCCGAGUUCAUUGCACGACAUGAAGUAUCCGAAGGAUGCUGACUACAUUAACAAACUCCAUGAAAUCUGCAAAGCAACUGCAAAUGGUGUAAAUUUGAUACCUCCUAGGUGGGAUGAAGAAGCUUGCUAUUACCGGGAGCAUAUGGCACAGAUAAAGAGCAUCUCACGUAAGUUGGGACAUUCUCGCAGAUUGGUCAAGAGUUUGUCAGAGCUUGGAUUCGAAUAUCCAGUGAAUCAGUCAAAGGCUUGA